AUGCAAUCAGCUACUGAAGAUUGUUCAGAUAUUGUGAAAAGAGACCCAAACAAGAGAGGACAAGACGGUGUGUACGUUAUUUACCCUGACAUCCGAAGAGAGGUCUACUGUGACAUGACGACAGAUGGAGGAGGGUGGACAGUCAUUCAGAGGCGAGAAGAUGGUGACGUGGAUUUUUACAGGACAUGGACAGAGUAUAAAGAAGGAUUUGGAAAUAUCACUAAGAACCACUGGAUUGGGAAUGAUGCAAUCCAUGCCUUAACAAAGGAUAAAGACAAAAAUCUCCGCAUUGAUCUCCAGAGGCAUAACGGACAAAAGGCCUAUGCAGUGUACACCAAUUUUUACAUCGGGGAUGAAGACAAUAAAUAUACUCUGACAGUGUCUGGAUACAGUGGAACAGCGGGUGACGGUUUGGCUGAUCACAAUAGUAUGAAAUUUACCACUAAAGACCAGGACAAUGACGGGGGCGCUGGUAACUGUGCCAGAGCAUGGUAUGGAGCCUGGUGGUUUAAUUUCUGUUACCAAGCCAAGCUUAAUGGAAAGUAUGCACAGACUGAAUUAUCCGGUCAUGAACACAUGGUAUGGAGAAAAUGGAAGGACUCUAAACAGAAAGCAUUAAAACGGUCAAAGAUGAUGAUAAGAUCAAAAUAA